AUUAUUAGGAGGAUCUUAAGCAGAACCUUGAGUAUUCUUGGAAGUCUGGCAUUAUCCCAAAUUGGCUGAAAGAGGUGACAUGUGAACAAAUGGAAGCUCGACAAGAUGAGAUCGUAGAGAAAGUUACAUUGUUUAUGCCCAAUACCAGACGCAGGUAGACAAGGCAUGGAGAAGUGUCACGAGAGUCAUGAAGCUCCUUUGCUAUUGGUCGCUAAAACACACCUAAGAAACCGUCAAGAUUGGGAGAAGCAAAGAGCUUACUCUGUUCCACCUUUGAAACUCAGCCGUAAAAAGUGGGCUGAGUUCUUGACUCUGACAUCAAAAAGAGGUUUUAGGAUGGAUACUGCUAUGGAGAAUUAUAGUUCAGGUAGUGAUGAAGAAGUAAAAGAAGGGGAGACCACCGUUAACGAGAGGGAAAUCUAUCAGGCUGCAUUACAAGAUCUGAAACAACCCAAGACCGAAAAGGAUCUACCGCCUGGUGUUCUUACAGUUCCUCUUAUGAGGCAUCAGAAAAUUGCAUUGGAAUGGAUGCGUAAGAAAGAAAAAAGAAGCAGGAAAUGUAGGGGAGGGAUAUUAGCAGAUGAUCAGGGACUUGGUAAAACAAUCUCGACGAUCUCUCUUAUCCUAUUGCAUAAGUUGAAGUUACAAUCAAAGCAGAAAAAGCGAAAAGGUCGAAAAUCUGGUGGUACAUUGAUUGUUUGUCCUGCAAGUGUUGUAAAGCAAUGGGCAAGAGAAGUGAAAGAGAAGGUUUCUGAUGAACACAAGCUCUCUGUUUUAAUCUACCAUGGAUCUAACAGAACCAAAGAUCCUAUUGAAUUAGCAAAAUAUGAUGUGGUUGUGACAACUUACGCCAUUGUUACAAACGAAGUCCCUCAAAACCCUUUGCUGAAUCUUUAUGAUACAUUCAGUAAGAAGAGAGGCAGAGCAAGCUUUGAAGGAUCUAAUCUUCAGCCUCUCGCUGGUGCACUAGGAAGAGUUAGAUGGUUGAGAGUAGUACUAGAUGAAGCUCAUACAAUUAAAAACCAUAGAACCCUAGUUGCAAAAGCUUGUUUUAGCCUUAGAGCCAAGAGGAGAUGGUGCUUGACUGGAACACCGAUACAGAACAAAGUUGACGAUCUUUAUAGCUAUUUCAGGUUUCUUAGAUAUCAUCCCUAUGCCACGUGCCUUUCAUUUCGUCAAAGAAUCAAGGUUCCAAUUUCCAAAAACUCUCUUCGGGGUUACAAGAAGCUUCAAGCUGUUCUAAGGGGCAUAAUGCUUCGCCGCACCAAAGNCAACCGUUUCGUUAGUUAA